AUGGGAAGUGAGAAAGACUUAACCGACGAACAAAAGGCUGUAGAAAGUCUGUUGUGGGUAAUGUUAUUCGUAGAUUUUGCAAAUCAGGAACUGUUUAAUCGCAAGCUGUUCGGACGGAUGACCACUGUUUCCGAUCGUUUUGUCCUCAAGACCCUUGUUACUAGUAAAAAUCGCCAUCUAAACCUCGCCCAAAUCACCACUACUCUGCUGCUCAAACAAAAUCCACUCAUUUUCACUGUUAAUGCUGAGAGGCGACUUGCCUGGUGUCUCGCACAUAAAGAUUGGACAGCUCGACAUUUUCGUUGUUUUUGUGGUCAGAUGAAUCAACAUUUUGCCUCUUUCAACAAUCAUCUUGUCGGGUCUGGCUCUGAUGCACUGGGGUUUUUUUCUUGGUAUGGAACUGGCCCUCUCGUCGCGCUUAAUGGCUCUGCCACUGGUAAGUCUCACGUUGAAAUUCUUCGUAGGUACGUUUUGCCAACAUUAAAGACCUACCCAGGAAAUGUGGAUCGUGGUCAGCCUUGGUUUCAACAAGAUAAUGCAAGACCGCAGAUCUCCAAUAUCGCUAACAAUUUCCUCAAAAAAAACAGAGUUCGUGUGUUGGAUUGGCCCGCUCAAAGCCCAGACCUAAACCCAAUCGAAAAUCUCUGGCAUAAGGUCAAAAACGCUCUUCGAAGCAAAUCAAACCCAAGUAACCUCGUUGACCUUGAACGUCUUGUUCAAGAAGCCUGGCGUGACAUAUCACCUGAGCUUUGCCGUCGAUUG